AUGGUAGAAAUGCAGUCAAAACAGCAUGCAAUGUAUGUGGCUACAACGGAUAACAUUAUAGUAGGUUCUCAUGUAUGGGUCGAAGACCCUGUGUUGGCAUGGAUUGAUGGAGAAGUUCUUAGGAUCAAUGAUGAAGAAGUUCAUGUUCAUACCACCAAUGGGAAAACAGUUGUUGCAAGCAUCUCCAAAGUAUUUCCCAAGGAUACCGAAGCUCCUCCUGGAGGUGUAGAUGACAUGACAAAGCUGUCAUAUUUGCAUGAACCAGGAGUUCUUCAUAACUUGGCUGCAAGAUAUGAACUUAAUGAAAUAUAUACAUACACUGGAAAUAUACUGAUUGCAAUAAAUCCAUUCCAAAGAUUACCACAUCUGUAUGAUACGCACAUGAUGGAACAAUAUAAAGGUGCUGCAUUUGGAGAGCUAAGCCCUCAUGUUUUUGCAGUUGCAGAUGUUGCAUACAGGCAAAUGAUCAAUGAGGGAAAGAGCAACUCAAUUCUAGUUAGUGGAGAAAGUGGUGCUGGUAAGACUGAGACAACAAAGAUGCUUAUGCGGUAUCUUGCAUACAUGGGUGGUCGAUCAGGCGUGGAAGGCCGAACUGUUGAGCAACAAGUUCUAGAAUCUAAUCCAGUUCUUGAAGCAUUUGGCAAUGCCAAAACAGUUAGGAACAACAACUCCAGUCGAUUUGGCAAAUUUGUUGAGAUUCAAUUUGACAAGAAUGGGAGGAUAUCUGGAGCAGCUAUACGUACUUAUUUACUUGAAAGAUCUCGUGUUUGCCAAGUUUCUGACCCUGAAAGAAACUACCACUGCUUUUACCUUCUGUGUGCUGCACCGCCGGAGGAAAGAGCGCAGUAUAAGUUGGGAAACCCCAAAUCAUUCCAUUACCUGAAUCAGACGAACUGCUAUGAGUUAGAUGGAGUAAACGAUGCCGAGGAAUACCUUGCAACCAGAAGGGCAAUGGAUAUAGUUGGCAUUAGUGAGGAAGAGCAGGAGGCUAUUUUUAGGGUUGUAGCUGCCAUUCUGCAUCUUGGGAACAUUGAAUUUGCAAAAGGAGAGGAAAUAGACUCAUCCGUUAUCAAGGACGAGAAAUCUAGGUUCCAUCUCAACAUGACAGCAGAACUACUCCAGUGUGAUGCCAAGAGCUUGGAAGAUGCAUUGAUACAGCGUGUGAUGGUAACUCCAGAAGAGAUUAUUACAAGAACUCUUGAUCCUCUUUCUGCAGUUGUUAGCAGGGAUGCCUUAGCUAAAACCAUUUAUUCCCGCUUGUUUGAUUGGCUUGUGGAUAAAAUUAACAAUUCUAUUGGGCAAGAUCCAAACUCUAAAUCAUUGAUUGGAGUUCUUGAUAUAUAUGGUUUUGAAAGUUUUAAGUUCAACAGGUAA